AUGCAGCAGGCCAGCCUCGGGCAAAAUAGUGUUGAAUCUUAUGACAAAGAUUCCGAGAAAAUCUCUGGCGAAAUUGUCGUUAAGAGGGAGGCCCAAGAGGACGUGAGGAUAAAGCAAGAAAUUACGGACGACGAGUCGGGGAGAUUGAACGACAAUUAUGAAAAAAAUUACGAGGACAAGAAUAAGGAGAAUUACGAGCGUUAUGAGGGGUACAAGGGUCUACCUGAGGCUGUGAAUUUGCCGAGAAUUUCGGGGCAAUAUCCGGCGAUGCAUCCGGCCUAUCGAGCCGUCGGCCCCGGCCAGCCGAAUCCCUUCGGUUUCUCCCAUUUUUAUCCGGCAUCGAUUUUGGAUAGUGAAAAAAGAACGAAUGAGGUCGCUGGGAGGAGUGACAGUUAUCAUCGCCAACAGUCUGGCCAAUCUGGUGACAACGGUGACGGCUUUAUGAGGGAUUAUUCACACUGUGAUUAUCAGAAAUUGGGGUAUGCCACUGUCGCCGGCUAUCGCAAUUCCAUGGAGUUGGCUUACUUCAAUCAACAACAGGCGAGUCAUAACUUCAGGAUGAAUUUUUAUCCGGGCAGGCAGAGGAAGUGGAGUAACUUCACCCUGAGGUCACUCCAAUCAGCCGUACCGCCGUGGUUCGCCCGACCGGAGGCUCCGGUCGCCACUGGCUCGUCAUCGGCCGCGAGAGUUCGUCCGGAUCUCUCCAAGGCGGCGGAACCCCCGGACAACGUUAAAGUUCAUGGACAUACGCCCACCAUCUGCACGUCAAUCAGAUGCACUGUAAAUGGCUGCACCUGUGACUCCUUCACCCCUGGCAAACGUCAUCUCCGCUACUGCGACAAGUGUCAUCACGGCUGGGUCCUUCACGCCCUAGCACGACUGUCAACCCAUCCGGCUGUUUUCCAGCCAAGUGGUGGGGAUGUCGCCACCGUCCCACGAUACACUGGUAGGGAGGACAAAAGCGCCGUAGGGAGGGUAAAGCUAAACGCUGGGUCGCGUAGUGGGGAUGAUGUUGAGGUCGCAAAGAAGGAGGAGAGUCGACCGGCUUCAGAGACUGUCGAGCCGACGGCCGUGUUUGACGUCGCAUCACUCGUCCUUUACGGCUCACGCGCACUACCAAUACGACUUAAGAUAUUGCUUGAUCAGUUGUUUAAUCAGUUGUCCAACGCGAAAGUGACACGACUACUAGCCGCAUUCGGCUGGACCCACGAGGAUUACACAAGAGGAUACAUACUGCAGGACUCGGAGAACGGUCCACUGCUCGAUAGAUGGAGCAUCUGCUCAGGUGAAGAGGAGCCGCUGGUGUUGCAGCAGUUCCUGAGAUUUCCGGAGACGCGUCCGUUUGUGCAGCAACUACUGCUUGCUGCCAGUACGACAGCGUCGACGGAUGUAAUGUCACCUAGUAGACGACCAUCACCGCCUACUAUGCCACUGGCCCAUCUACCGCCAUCGUUACACCUAUUGCACAGUCGUUUGCCACAUCCUGGUUCACGUUUACCACCGCCAUUGCCACCACCACCACCGCCACCACCAGUAACACACUCAUCGAUGUCGCCGUCCGCCCAGCAGAAGCACUUUUCGCCGUCAACGUCAUCAGCCAAUCACAGUGGUGGAUCACCACCGCGAAGCCUGGACUCAUCGCACUCUCAUCUUGGCUCGCCACUCAACAGAUUGCAGAGUAUGCAGCCCUUUGAUUUUCGAGAAUUGGGCAGUCUUGGUCUCGGUAGUUUUCCCCAUCUAGCCCCACCACCACUGGACCAACUAAUGCAAUCGAGAAAAUCACUGAGACACGGACAAAGUCCACACAGUCCACCACAUCACUCAUCGGCAUCACAACUGAGGCCACCAAUGCCAGUGGCACCGAUAUCCACGACGGCUCUGGCAUUUGGCCAUCCUCUGGCUGUGGCGGGCUCGUCGGGAGCCCUACCUCCAAAUUUUCCCGUCAAUUUCUCUCACCCUUCAAUGGGAAAGUUAACAGCAAGCGCUGCAGGCGCUUCCCAACACGACGCUCAAAGCAUUGGAGAGAAGAGUAGCGAAUUUGGAUCUGAGACUGAAGACGACGACGAGAACUCCGGUAGUGCACUGAAUCUCAGCAGGAGGGAUUCCAAUCUCAAGGUGGAUAAACAAAGAUUACGAUCGCUGCCGGUUCAGUCAGCAGCAUCGUCCCUCGGUAGACCACCAACACUACCAGGGAGGAAGUCUCAAUCACCUGGGAAACGUAACCAGUGGGGGACCACAUCAAAUCUACCACCCAAUCUGGGGACACCGUUCAUCAAUCCGGCGACUGGCAAGAAACGGGUUCAGUGCAAUGUAUGUUUAAAGACAUUUUGCGACAAGGGUGCACUAAAGAUUCACUUCAGUGCUGUUCACCUACGAGAGAUGCACCAGUGUACGGUAAAGGGUUGUAACACAAAAUUCAGCUCGAGAAGAUCAAGGAAUCGUCACAGUGCCAAUCCAAAUCCAAAAUUACACUCACCACAUCUGCGCAGGAAGAUAUCACCCCACGAUGGACGAUCAUCGAUGGCCCACGCACUCGUUCUACCUCAGCAGAUUGGUCUGCCUGUGCCGGCCAGCGGAUUGAAUCAUCUACCAUUCGGUUCAUUUCCACUCUUGACACCACCACCUGAUCUGCGAUCGCCAGCUUCCCUCUGUGGACUUGACUUUAAACACCUGGAUCUCUCGUCGACGCAGAGUCAAGCCAUGUCGUAUGAAGAAGCUAUUCAUCAGAGGAUGAUCACAACGACUGCCGCCACCACGAUUGCUCCCUCAUCUGGACCCUUCACCUUCACCACAUCGACGACCCCUAGCACUCUCAUGAGGGGCUCCUCGAGUACAACGAGCACCGCUGGUGGUAACUCUCCGUCCUCCCAGACCCCCUCGAUCAUCCUCGAGGGUGAGGAGGAUGACGACGACGAAGAGGGUAUCGUAAUCGUUGGCGAUGAGAUCGAGGCCCUUCAGGCAGCAGCUGCCAGGAACGAAGAAGAGUCCCAAUCGGCUCCCUUCAAUCUUGCCAAAAGACCAAAGCUCUCCACCACCGGUGAUGGACAGCAGGACGAGGAUCUCGUCAGCAAUACCGACAGCGUGGAUGACACCGACUCCAUGGGCACGAUAGAUCACCACGCUCCCACAUUCAAUAACGUUCACACCCAACUGAAUACGACAACCUUCAACAAUCGCGGUGUCAGAAAGAGGAAGUCUCAACACCCGACUAGGUGUGCUGUGCCAACAAAUGUCCACUCACCGAUGACGGACGCCGACUCAUCGAACGACGCUGUCUUCCAGGAUCAGCCCGAAGACAUGUCGAUGUCAAGACUCGAGCAGCAGAGGAAGAGUUCACCGUCUCCGAGGCACAUAAACUUCAACAAUCGAUCUCACUCACCCUCUCCGGACAUCAAGGACCGGAGAAUUAGUGAUCUUGAGAACGGUGGGGAGGAUCCACAGGAUGAGCCACGUGAUCUCAGCUCUGGGGGUAGUAGUGUACGAUCGGCAGCGAAGAGGUCGUACUCGCCCGAGCAAAUAAAACGUGAGCCAUCCUCACCGAAUGCAGCGAUCGAUGAACGAGUCAAUAGUAGGAGUCCUGCGGGUGACACCCGUAGUUCCAGUAUCGAUGGGCCAAUGAUAACCGCCCUCAAGACCGAGAAAUCCCGACAAAACGACGAGGUACCAAAGUCCCUCGUGAAAGAGGAACUCCCCGAGGAUGAUCCUGCCAUCGGCGAAUCGUCCCGCGUACCACCCGAGGACGACGACUACCCCGAUGACGAUGAAUCCAAGGAUGUUAAUCAUCGUAAACGUCAAGGUGAGCGUCCCGAUGUACCCUCCCGUGCCCCGAGCUCGGUCGACAGCUACCCGACCGUUACCGACGAACUAUCCCUCGACUCCUCGAAUGCUUUGCGUCAACUCGAGUCCUUGUCGCAGGGUCGCAUGAUGGGUCCAUUGACGGCUCCAGGGAGGGACAUACAAGCUGCAUCGAGGCCUGGCAGAGUCUCUAUCAGCCCUUCCGCCAGUCCAACCACGAUCCAGGACAACAUAAUGGACAACUGCUCACGUGGUUCGCGUUCAUCCAGCGGCUCGCCAGCGGCUAUGGAUACGGACAAUAGUUUGAUCACUUACGCGAGGUACGAGAAUGGUGGCUUUGUCAGUACACAAGAGGUGCCACUUGAUCGGGAAAAUCCACGGAGGUGUACAGCAUGCGGUAAAGUCUUCCAGAAUCAUUUCGGGGUGAAGACGCACUACCAAAAUGUCCACCUCAAAUUGAUGCAUCGUUGCAGUGUUGACGGGUGCAAUGCUGCUUUUCCAUCGAAGAGAUCGCGCGACCGACAUUCAGCUAAUCUCAAUCUCCAUAGGAAGCUGCUGUCGACCUCCUCGAGUCCGCCAUUGUCGGCGAGCCUUCCGUCAAGCUUAUCGCCGAGGAUUGAGGAGAGCCAGUUGAAUCCUCUCCUUCACAAUGACUUCCUGGCGAGGCUCUACGCCGACGCCGGGAUUGGCGCCCUUGGAGGGUAUCCUCUGUCCUCAGCCGUAGAUCUUGCUGCGAGAAUACCACCGCCUCAUCUACUCCUACCACCCCAUCUCGGCGGCUUCCCUGGGCUCUCGUCCUUUGCCAGUCAUCUCGCUGGCCUCAACGGUCUCACCCACCAACACUUCAGCCAACUCAAUCAUCUCAGCAGACUUGGCCACGAACACGAACAGCAGCCAACGUCACCCAUGUCAGGGCCGACGUCACCGGUGCGAUCACCAAGUCCCAGUGAUGAACGUAAUGAGCAAGUUAGGUGUAAUGUACCCGGAUGUGAUAGAGUCUUCGGUUCGCGGGCAGUGCGCGAUGCUCAUUCGCGUGAUCCUCAGGCCCACAGGGACCUGUCGACCAUAUCGACGAGCAGCUCGUGACCGACAUCACCGUAUCCGCUCGCGAUCACACGACGCGGCUACGAGUCUUUCCCGUGAUUCCAAAAACAUUUUCGUUGGCUAAAUUAUUUAUCACACGAGGGUUGAGAUUUCACUGCAUGUCCGUCUGGUCUAUUGCCAUCUUGGAGGUGUUUAGUUCUACUCGAACGAUUCAUCAGUCAUACACGGAGAGAAAUUUUUGAGAACAAUUAUCCUACACUGAGAGAACAAUGACAAAGCUCUCAAACGAGUCUUACUUGUGCCAAGAAAAUAGUUUCUU